AUGGCCCUCCGAGUCAAGCCUACAACUGCCAUUGUUCCUUUUAGAACUACCGCUGCCGCCUUCACGACCAACUCUCGCCGCGAUGCGAGCGCCCUCCAGACUCACUCCGCAACUGGUGUAGGAAAGGUUCGCAGAGAGGUUCCGCUGCCCAGCGAGGUUGCUCCCAAGGGUGCCUUGCAGUAUGCGCUAACCACACUUGAUGCCGUCACCAACUGGGCUCGUCAGUCGUCCCUGUGGCCCAUGACCUUCGGUCUGGCCUGCUGUGCCGUCGAAAUGAUGCAUCUCUCUACCCCCCGAUACGAUCAGGAUCGCCUCGGUAUUAUUUUCCGUGCCUCGCCACGACAGUCCGAUGUCAUGAUUGUUGCUGGAACUCUCACAAAUAAGAUGGCUCCUGCUCUUCGACAGGUUUACGAUCAGAUGCCUGAUCCCCGCUGGGUUAUUUCCAUGGGUUCGUGCGCUAAUGGUGGUGGAUACUACCACUACAGCUACUCUGUCGUCCGAGAUAUCUGCGAUAGGGUAGUCCCUGUUGACGUCUACGUACCUGGCUGUCCUCCUACGAGUGAAGCACUGAUGUACGGAAUCUUCCAGCUCCAACGGAAAAUGAGGAACACUCGCAUUACCCGACAUUGGUACAGAAAGUAA